AGUAAAUCAGCAAACCGGGAAUGUGAAUAUUUACUCAAGUGAUAAAAUUGUUUGCAAGGUAUUUAACCGGUUAGCUCGAAAAGGUGACAGAGAGAGAAAACGUCUUCGAAAGUGGAGUGAUUUCAUCACCUCGUGCGCGAAUCUCGAAGAGGUCUCAUUACAUAGAAUCCUAUGCGUUUUCCACCUAUUUAAUCAUUGUUGUCGAACACUCGUUUCGCAACGGAAGCCGGGAGAGGACCCGACACGCGUACGAGAUAAUCGAGAUAAUCAUUCGAUCGGUUUGCGAAUUAUAUGCAUGGUUUGUGUUUGUCUCUUCCGAUAUCUCUCCCGAGUCGUGGCCAUGUCGUGCGACAACAACAGAUCAGAAACAAUUGACACGAACGAAAAAGUUCAUCAGCGAGAUUCGACGAUAAUCGAAGAUGUGUCAAAUGAAAAAAUUGCGGACUUCGAAGCGGCGAUCGCUGCAGCCGAAAUCGGAAAGUUUCAAUAUCUCCUCAGUCUUGCGAUUAUCCCGGCCUCUUGGGCGUCGAGUAUCGACACGUCUAACAUGUCGGUGAUACUCGCUUCGGCGGAGUGCGAUUUGGGACUGACGUUAUUUGACAAAGGGCUUUUGAACAGCUCGAUUUAUUUUGGUAUGGUGUUGAGUGGUUUUGUGUGGGGAUACAUCGCCGACGUCAAGGGAAGAAAGAAAGUCGUGCUGUACGGUUACCUGGCUGACAGUAUCUGCAACAUACUCGCGGGUUUCUCGCAGAACAUGGAAACGCUUGUGUUCUUCAAAUUUCUCAGUGGUUUGCUCGUGAGCGGACCACAUGCCACUCUGAUGGCGUACAGCUCGGAAUUCUACGGCGCCAAAGGUAGAACGAAAAUUCCGAUUCUCGUCGGUUUGUCCGUUCAGUUUGGAUGUAUAAUCAAUGUGUUACUGGCGUGGCUAGUGAUACCACAGCCGUGGUUGGUCACAUUUUGGAAUGGCGCCUUCGUGUACAAUUCCUGGAGAAUGUUUCUGUCUCUCUGCGGAAUACCGACGCUGAUAGGCGUCACGUGUCUCUGUUUCUUUCCGGAGAGUCCGAAAUUUUUGAUGACGCAAAAUCGUAACGAGGACGCUCUCGAGAUCUUCAAGACGAUCUACAGCAUGAACACCGGUUUGCCUAAAGACAAUUAUCCUAUAAGUGCCGUGGGCGAUGUUAACUUAAAUAACGCAAAACAGUCAUCGGAUUCUGAAAGCGAUCCCAAGUCGUGCCUAAGUAAUGGAAUUCAACAAAUGAAGCCGCUUUUCACAAAUCCUUAUCUGCCUCGUAUUUUGUUAAUUGUCACUCUACAAUUUUGCGGGAUGUUAUGCUUGAACACCUUUCGCUUGUGGCAGCCGCAACUCUUCGCGACGAUAAAAGAUAUCGGCAGUCGCACGAAUGUAACCAAUCCUACUUUUUGCGAAUUACUCGACAUUUCGGUGUCCGCCAAUGCAAAUCAAAUUGCCACGUCAAAUGGAACAGCGAGUUGUGAGAAUAUUCCUGUGCCAGAUUCGAUAUACAUAGACAGCAUUAUCGUAUCGACCUCUUCUAGUGUUUUCAUAUUGUGCUCCACCAUCUUCGUCAAUUUCCUCCAACACAAAUAUCUCGCCAUGGUCUCCCAUGGAUGCGCACUUCUGUGUGUGAUAUCGUUAAUUUGGUCACCGAAUUCGUUGACCACUCUUGUUCUCACGUGCUUGUACCUCGGUUUAUUGAGCAAGACUUACAACAUUCUGGUCGGCGCGACUGUUUUGCUCUUUCCCACGUCUUUAAGAGCAAUGGCGGUGAGUCUGGAAAUGAUAGUGGGAAGACUCGGAUCCAUUAUGGGCAAUUUCAUCUUCCCCGUUUUGCUCGAGUACGGCUGCGCAUCGCCGAUUAUUAACCUGUCGUGCUUUUCUGGACUAUGCAUACUCCUCACGUGUUUCCUACCGAGCACGCGCAAGCACGCGGUGUAAGGAUCGCCGUUUUAAUGAUUUUGCGAGAGUCGAGCGUCUUCUUCGUCUCUGAGAAUUCGAGAUCGUUUAGCAGAGCCGAACCACGCAGACGUUCCAAGGACCUGGAUCGGAGCCUAUCGCAGACUAUGAUCGAGCCCGUACGAGGGCGGACAAUGGUCAUGCAUAUGUGCAUGCAUCACACAACGAAACGCCGCGCGAGGCCUUGAGUUUCACUUUCGACACAUCCUGGAGAGCCCUCCAGCCUUCACCCACAUGCUCGUUCUUCUCUCACCCGCGCCUCUCUUCGUGUGGAGAAUAUCAGUUUACUGAUACGUACGCUUUAUCGCGCCGCGAUCUCAGGACCUCGCCAAUCUCCGCGCGCCAUCGCCGAUCGUGCAAUAAAAUGUUCCAACGUACGUAUACGCAAACCCGCACGCACGUAAAACCUCCAUGCCAAUGAAAAAUUGGAGAAAACGCGCAAACUUGUCGAAAAUAUUUUAUUGUACAAUAAUUAUAAUUUAUAUAAGCGUUAUGCAAAAAACAGAAAACCAUGUGUUUAUUCGUAUGGGAAAACUGUGAUACGUAUCUACGGUAUAAACUGUUAUGUUUUUUCUUUCAAGAAAUGUUUUUUCUUUCAAGUUAUGUAUUAUAUGUAUAAUGAGUGUAUAAGUAUAUUAAAGUUUCUAAAAUAUGACCGUAUAUCAAUAAUUAAUUUGUAC